AUGGAGCUCAUUGUCUGUCUUGUUUUCUCAUUUCUCGUCCAUGGAGCUCUUGGUAAUAAUGGAGAAAUUGUGUGUGAAGAGUUGUCAGUGGGAAUGUGUGCCUACUCAGUUGCUUCCUCUGGGAACCGUUGCUCUUUGGAGACUUAUGAAUCAAGUGAGGGAACAACAGGAUACCAAUGCAAGACCUCAGAGGUGGUGGCAAAUAUUGGCUUAGCAAAUUUGGUUGAAAGUGAUAAGUGCAUAAGUGCUUGUGGAGCUGAUAGGAACUCUGUUGGCAUUUCCUCUGAUUCUCUUCUUGAAUCAACAUUCACCUCUAAGCUUUGCUCUCAAGAAUGCUACCAGAAUUGCCCUAACAUUAUUGAUCUUUACUACAAUUUGGCUUUGGGAGAAGGGGUGUAUUUGUCGGCAUUUUGCAAGGGGAGAAAAUUGAACGGACGCCGUGAAAUGAGCCAAAUCCAAAGUUCUGGUAGUGUGGCAUGGGCACCGUCGUCCACCUUGGGCGGUGAGGGCCGUCAGUUGAGUGAAGGCCCUACGGCAAGUGCUUCACUCUCAUUCAAUGAUUGGGAGGCUGCUGCUCCUGCUCCAUUCUGA